CUUUGGGGUAUCCUUAAUUUCCCUUUGGAUGUCCCCAGGCCCCUUAGGGUGCCCCUCCAAGGCUCCUCCAUGCCCAUUUGGGUAGCCCCAGCUCCCUUUGGAUACAGCACCCCUCCACCUUCCCCCGUGCCUCUCUAGUUGCCUCUCUGAGCCCCUCAGUCCCACUCGGUGUCCUGCGGGACUCCCUGGAGCUUCUCCCUCUCUUGUUCUCCCUCAUCUGUAAUGCCCCUGGAAUCCCCCCCUGCUUCUCCCCCCAUCCCAGAGGUGUUCUAGGCCCCUUAAGGGCCCCUGGCCAGCGCUGGCUCCGUGCCCGAGCCUGCUAACAGGCAUCCCCAGCUGCUCCGCCAUGGAGGAGACGGUGCCCUCGGUGGAAGCCUACGAGGCGGCCAUGGUGCUGAGUGGGGUGGGGGAUGCACUGGGGUACCGAGGGAGCCGCUGGGAGUACUGCACCUCGGGCCCCCAGAUCCACGCCGAGCUGGCUGAGCUGGGGGGGCUGGCGGCCAUCACGCUCGAGCCGCCCGAGUGGCCCGUCAGUGAUGACACCGUCCUGCACCUCGCCACCGCCGAGGGCCUGGCCACAGGCCUGGAAGGGGAACCCCUCCUGCAGGAGCUGGCUCGCCGCUACGUGGCUGCCAUGGGAGACAUGGAGGGACGCAAGCCUGGACCCACCAGCAUCCUGGGCACCUCACAGCUGCGGCCUGGGGAGCCCGAGGGCUAUCGCAUCCCCUUCAACCCCCGCGGCACCGGAUGUGGGGCUGCCAUGCGCAGCCUGGCCAUCGGCCUCAGGUAUCCACAUGCCUGGGAGCUGCCGACACUGAUCCGGGUGAGCAUCGAGAGCGGGCGCAUGACCCACCACCACCCCACUGGGUACCUCGGGGCACUGGCAGUGGCCCUCUUUGGGGCUCUGGGGGCUCGAGGGGAGCCCCCAGAGCGCUGGGGGGCUGAGCUGCUGAGGGUCCUGCCCCUGGCAUGGGACUACGUGGAGGGCACCGGUGUGGCUGUGGAGGACAAUGCUGCUGCCUGGCCCUUCUUUGGGGAGGCCUGGCACCGGUAUCUGGACUCCCGUGGGCUUCUGGAGGGUCGUGGCCCAGCCCAGGUGCCAUCCCUCCUGUCCCCAGCCGAGCGGGACACAGCGUACCUAGGCUGGGCGCUGGAGGGGUGGCCAGGGCGCAGUGGCCAUGACGCACCCAUGGUGGCCCUGGAAGCCCUGCUGGCAGCCGGCGGCAGCUGGGAAGACCUGUGUGGCAGGGGAGUGUUGCAUGGCGGGGACAACGAUUCGACGGGGACCAUUGCUGCUGGGUGCUGGGGGCUGCGGGGGGGACUGACAUGCAUCCCCCCGGGGCUGCACUGCCACCUGGAGUACCGUGAGCGGCUGCUCAAUGCUGCCCACCAACUCCAUGUGCUGGCCUGGGGGAGACGAUGAGCCUGGCCUGUGUCCCUGGUAUCACCUGCUGUUCCCCUCCAAAGCAAGCCCUGGUGGGUCGCCAGGGCACAGCAAAGACUAGCAUGGAGCCUUUGCCUGGGAGGGUCUCUGGGCUUUAGGAGGCCUGGGAAGGCCCCUAGGAGAGCCCUGGGUGAAGCAGGGCCCUUCAAGGGGUGCUGGGGUCUCAGGCAAGCCCCAGGAAAACCACCAUAGCUGUGUCCAGGUGGCCUUUUACCCCUCCCCAGUUUGGGACCCCCGGACCCUCCCAACGAGCCUCAGUUAUCCCCACAGUAAAAGCCAUGUCCUCCCAAGUCA